UUCCUCUCUCUCUCAAAUCAUCAACGUCUCGGUUAAUACUCUGUUGGCUUGAGGCGUGGCCUUUGGCUUUCAUUACACUUUCUUUCCUCUGCCUCUCUCUGGCAGCCAGCAAGAACCCAUCAAUGAAAUUGUCUGCUUUGAGCCAAAAAAAGAAGAGAAAGUGAGAGAAGCGAGCCAGUGUUUGUCUUCAAUAUGUCUCUCCACAUGAUUAACCAUGCUCAUUAAUAAUCUCUUUCCCUUUCACCUUCCUGCCAGCUUUUGACAUUCUUUGAAGGAGACAAUAUCAUUCAAAUCCCACUGAUCGAUUCUCUUGUUUCUUCCUUCUUUUCUCUUUUCUCUAUAUUUUCAGUCUAUAAAGCCAUAUGGAUCUGUGGGUUAAAUUGCCAGAACAACAUCGGUACAGGAGAGAAAGCCCAUCAUUCUCUUCAACUCUUCUCGAUUCUAUCUACCGUUCGAUUGAUGAACCCAACGGUGGCGAAGCAAAAGAUCUGAUUUUCUACAGAGAGGCUAGCAUGGCGAAGAAGCACAACAACCACCGUUCGUUGAAGGAUGAAGAAAUGACGAGCCUCCAACGUGCUUGCAUGAUCGAGAAAUGGAUGGAAAAGAAGGGUGAUGAUAAUAAUGUUGUCAUCAGACGAAAACCCAUGGCGGAUUUCGAGAGAAAUUCUCGAAUUGACUUUGUUCCGGUGCUGUUGAACUCCAGUUCCAGCUCUUCCGAUUCUAGUUCCGGUGGUGGGUUUUCAUCCUCCGAGUCAGAUUCCUUUCACGGUGCAAAAUCAAGGUCAUCAUCUUUAGCGUCAAGCCAUUACACCUCUCAUAGGCCUAAGCCUAUUCGGACCGGCGUCUCAGCUCGGCAGCCUGAAGUCGAAAACAGUUUCCAUGGCGCUACCCAGCAAAAGCCUAAGCAUGAAGGUGGUUUCGUCAGAACAAAAUACAAGGCCUUGAAGAUUUACAGUGACCUCAAAAAAGUUAAGCAGCCGAUAUCUCCGGGUGGUAAACUUGCAAGCUUCCUGAACGCGCUUUUCACGGCAGGGAAUACAAAGAAGACAAAGAUUUCAUCGUCAAAGUACGAGGAAACGAAGUCAAAAUCCGACCAGGCAACACCGACAUGUUCUUCGGCUUCCUCGUUUUCGAGAUCUUGUCUGAGCAAGACUCCAUCUUCGAGAGGGAAUGGGACCAAAAGGUCGGUCAGGUUUUGUCCCGUCAAUGACGUUAUUCUUGACGAUGAGAACAUAGGCCACGAAAAUGAUCAUCAAACGCAAACGUCCAUAACAUCAAAACGGACAAGCAAAGAGCUCGAGAUCCGGAUCAUGGAAGAAAAUCGCCGAGUUGUAGAAGCUGCAAAGGAUCUUUUAAAUAGUUACCAUAAGAAGAAGGAAGAAUACAAUAUGAGAGAUAUCUGCAAUGUCAACCAAAUGUCCACCGAUGACGAGGACGAGGACGACGACACCGCAAGCUAUGCAAGCUCGGAUCUCUUUGAAUUGAAUAAUCUUUCAGCUAUCGGUAUUGAAAGGUACCGAGAAGAGUUGCCUGUGUACGAAACAACACGUCUCGAUACUAAUCGAGCCAUUGCUAAUGGUCUGAUUGUGUAAUAUUAGCAGUAAUUAACUCGUUGCAUUAGUUACUGUUUGGGGGUUUACAUAAAAAAUAAUAUUACUUUUUACUUUAGGCCC